AUGCCCCCAAACGCCGUUUACGAACGUACUCUACAUCCUCUGACAGCAAUUUCCACCGACUUCCCUGUAUCUGGCCAACAGGCUUUAUACCCACUCAAGCGCCUCGGCGACGCAAUGCAUCCCAGCCCAAUUCUGACAGAACCCCCAACUCCCUCUUCCACCGCUACCAUCCGCGGACUGAAGACCUCCCAGAACACCGACGACGAUAUCCUUUCCAGCAUGUCAUCCGUAUCCCGCAGCUCGAGAACCCGGAGUUCGAGCAGAACAUACCGCUGGAUCGAAGACCAGCAGCAGCAUCUCACGACGCCUGUUGACGAAGCCCCACCGCCCGCCGCCACGUCGUCCGCUGGCAACCCGUAUCUCGCCUACCCGCACAUGAGCGCAUCGUCGCUAGCCAAAAGCCAGACGGAGGAGAGGGGGCGUGGUAGAGGUUACGUGCUCGCGGAGCAACCGAACGGACGCGUGCCCCGAGGCAGCGACGCGAAUGUCACGCAGGCUUCAGCGGGCAGACCAGACACGCCGAGCAGCAGCACGUCGACCCCACGCAAGGCCCGCAACUCGCAGGGCAUCUUCCAUGCCUCCUCCCCGCUCCGCAGCCUCCACCUCACUUUCUCAUCCCGUCGCAAUCCGUCUGCUCCUGUCGCCGGUGCCCAGAGGCCACACAGCCCAGCCUCGUCGGCCUCCACAGGCACUUUCCGCCGGAACGAGCGCACCGCCUCCCACAGCCGUGGCUCAAGCCUGUCGACCGUGAACGCUCUCCAGCGAGGAUCACAGCGGAACGCCCGUCCAGAGCUCGCCGAGCCCGCAGUGACUCCCCCGAAGACCACUGCAUGGAAGUUCAAGCGUCCGUCCGUGGCAGGCCAUUUUACCCCUACUCCCCCGGACGAGCGCGAUGAUUCAGAGAACGGUUCCCCUCCUCCGCGCCCGAGCACCUCCUCCAGCGUGACCCAUUCGGGCUCCUCGACGACCUACGCGCGCACGUCUUCCGAUGCGCCGCGCAAGAUGUACUUCGGCUCCAUUCGCUCGCAUUCAUCCACGACUAUUUUCAGCUCGUCUCCUUCGCUGUGGUCGCUCCCGACGGAUGCCACGCAUAUCAACGACCCCCCAGAAUCCACGGCGGUUAUCGCCCGGGAUAGAGACCUCUCCGGUUCUGAGGGCACGCCUAUGACGUGGAAGCCGACGACACCCACGACCCUCCCUAGCGUCACGAGUCUGCUGACGAGCCCGAAGGCCCGCAGGAAGCGGAAGCUCAUCAUCAGCGGCAUCCCGCCCAAUGACGAACGUCGUUUCGAUGCCGUUAGGAAGUGGUGCGAGUCGUUCGGAGAGCUGAACUCGAUCACCCGCGUGCCGAACGGGGAUCUGCACAUUGACUUCCGUAAAGCCGAAGUCGCAGAUACGGUAUGUCGCCUCAACGCGCGAGUAUACAUCGCCGGCGUCGGCAGCGUCUGCCUGUCAUGGUUUACGGGCAAACGCCCAUGA